AUCCAGAUUUUUGAGAGCGGAGCAAAGCGCAAGUGCCCGGAUGUUAGCUGUCCAGAGAAAGACGAACGGGAAAGACACGGGAGAGGCGGAGGGGAGACACGGACACACCGGUAGAGGGACAGCUAGCCUCUAACCUGCGGUCAAACCUACACAGCUCAGUCACUUGUUAACCAAUUAAGAGUAAGCUUUAUUUUUAAACCGAAAAGGAACCGGAGGGGACAGUUAACUUUGACUAACCUGGACUGCUUUGCUCAACAGGACAGCCGUGUCUGAAAUCCCCGGGUUUGCAGUUGACAAAGAAAAAUUAGAAGUUAAGCAGAAGGAAAGUAACCUCGGCGAUCGUUAAGUUUUGACCUGGAAUCUGCUGAGGCGCUUGGGCUCCAAGCUGAAGGAGCUUCCGCGCUUGUCCCCAAUUUUUGCCCAAUCUCCAUUUGCUCCAUCCACCAUGACCUCGGAGCUGGAGAGCAGUUUAACCUCCAUGGACUGGCUGCCACAGCUGACCAUGCGAGCAGCCAUCCAAAAAGCUGAUGCCCAGGGUGCCCAUGGGCCAGGCAUGGCUAAGAAGAGUGCCCUGCUGGACCCCAACACUACGCUGGAUCAGGAGGAGGUUCAGCAGCACAAAGAUGGAAAGCCUCCAUACAGCUAUGCCAGCCUCAUCACAUUUGCCAUCAACAGCUCACCAAAAAAGAAAAUGACCCUGAGUGAAAUCUAUCAGUGGAUCUGUGACAAUUUCCCUUACUACAGGGAAGCAGGCAGUGGCUGGAAGAAUUCUAUACGGCACAAUCUUUCAUUGAACAAGUGUUUUCUCAAAGUGCCUCGGUCCAAAGAUGACCCAGGAAAGGGUUCGUACUGGGCAAUCGAUACAAAUCCAAAGGAGGACACGUUGCCCACCCGGCCCAAGAAGAGGCCACGGUCUGGAGAACGGGCUUCCACACCCUACAGUCUGGAGUCUGAUUCCCUGGGAAUGGACUGCAUCAUUUCUGGAAGUGCCUCUCCGACAUUGGCAAUCAACACUGUGACUAACAAGGUGGCGUUAUAUAACCCAGACCAAGAUGGGAGUGAUAGCCCUAGAAGCAGCCUUAAUAACAGCCUGUCUGACCAGAGCCUGGCCUCAGUCAAUCUGAACAGUGUGGGAAGUGUGCACAGCUACACCCCGGUAACAAGUCACCCAGAGCCAGUGUCCCAGUCUAUGAGCCUGCAGCAGGCCCCCCAGCCCCAGUACAGCAUCCCUGAGCGAGACAAGCAGCUCCUCUUCUCUGACUUUGAAGAUCUCAGUGCCUCGUUCCGCAGCCUUUACAAGUCUGUAUUUGAACAGUCUUUCAGCCAACAGGGUCUGAUGGGGAUGCCAUCGGAGUCUUCCCAGCAAAGCCACACCUCUUGCUCCUACCAGCACUCCCCAAGCAGCGCCAUCAGUACCCACCCACACAGCAGUCAGAAUAGUAUCACCAACUCUCAUCCCAACAGCAUCCCCAACAGCGGUGCACAGGUGCCCCUGUCGCACCCGUCUCACUCUGCCCACAGUUCUCCCCACACACAGCACCUCUCUCAGCACGGGCCACACACUCACACCCAACAUGGCCAGCACCCACACUCAGCACACACUCAACACCAGGCUCACACUCAACACACCCAACACUCACAGCACUCCCAACACUCCCAACACUCACAGCACUCUCAACACUCACAGCACUCCCAACACACUCAACACACACAACACACACAGCAGCCUCAACAGCACCAGAAUCUCUCUCACCAGCCCCAUCCAGCCCAGCAACAGAUGCCCUGCAACACCGGUUUACCCAGUGACUGGUAUCCCAAUCUGGAUGCACUGAAGGAAAGUUGUCGCAUUGCUAGCAGCUACAACUGGGCAGAUGUGGACCUUUCACCUUUUCAAGGAUUGAGAGAGAGCAUGAGACAGGCUGAGCUGAAUAACUGGUCUCUGGAGCCAACUCAGAUUGUGGACCUCUGUUCCUCCAUCAACCAGUUCUUUGCCCGCACUGGAGUCAUUCAGCCACAAGGGGCAGUGCAGCCACCUGUAUGCCAUGGUGCCAUGCAUCCCUCCAAGCCUAGCCAACACAUAAAUACAGGAAAUAUGUACAUGGACUCAAGACAGAGCAUGACCUCCAUGAUGGGUCCUCCAGGUUAUCCCCACAUGCCCCCCAUGAAUAGCACAACCAACACCAUGACUGGUCAUCAUGCACAAAUGAACCAACAGCACAUGAUGUCUACUGGAAGCUUUCCGAUUCGCCGCAUGCCUGCUGAUGACAUCCAGGACGACUUUGACUGGGAUUCCAUUGUCUAGCCCCAUCCCUAUAUGAGAAAGGUGGUGCAGGAAAAAUAAGAGAGUCGCUUGGAAGAAGAAAAGAGUGUGUAUGUGUGCGAGAGAGGGCUAGUCCCAAGAUAUCUGCAUGCCCCAAGGCGGGAAGCAGUUUGGAACAGGAUGCGCUUCAAAAUGUGCAGGUGUCGGUUAUAUGAGCUGAAAGAGACUCUUGUUGUCCUGGUGUUUUAGGAAAUUAAAACAAAAACAAACAAAAAGUUACUCUGAAGACAAUCACAUUUACUAGGAAAUGUUUAAGUGAUUGAUUUUAUACUUGUCCAAAGGACAAAACUCAUGUUCAUGUUAAAUAUAAAACCCCGUUUUUCAUCCCUUUCUCUGUGCUGCGAGAAACUCUACUCAGUCUCCUAACUCCCUCUCUCCAAGUCAGCUAUUUGGCCAAGCUCUUCCCUCUCCUUUUGUGUGUGGGAUUUUUUUUAUUAUUAUUAUCAUUAUUAUAAUUUUUUUUUUUAUGAUUUUGUGUGAAAUGUUUUGCUUGUUCUUUCCUCAUCCUCUCUUGGUGCAGGCCUAAGCUGCCUUUUAGCUCUCAUUUGUGAUGCGAUUUCCCCUCUGAAAAUGCAGGCCACUUUUCAGACAGAAAGUGUUUCUCUGCUCACUCUGUCUGCACAGCGCCGCAAGUUCUCUAGGUCUCUCUGAACUUCGGUGCUCUACAUAUCACCUGAGCCUUUACUGUAACUUGUACAAACUUCGCCAAGCAUCCAGAUCAGAUCUCUGUGCUAGCGAAUGAUUAUCUGUUGUCUUUUUUAAUGAUCGGUGUGGGUCAUAAAAUGUAUGUAAAAUUAACUCCAUACCUGCAGUAUUCAUGCUUGUGUAUCUUUGCUGUUUGCAAUGUAUCAUACUCCUGUCACUUUUUUAACAGUGUGAAAUGGUGCAUUUGGAACUGACGUUGAUUCAGACCUCACUUUUUAUUAAUCUCCUGUUCAUUUUCAUGUCACCAUAACUUUACUAUCUGCAUGUACAGUUGGUUUUCUUUGGAUUCUCACCAAUUCCUUUAGAGACUGUGCAGCUAUGGCUGAUUUUAUUCAUAGCCUACUCCAGAUUUCAUGUAGUGUUUAGUAUAAAUGGUGUGAGAAAAAUGGUGCAGGUAUUUUGCAAGGCAGCAAAUAAAGCAGGGAGCAUUUUAGUCUUCUAGGUUUUAUACCCUUAGACAUUAAACUACUUGCAGUUUUGCUGCGUCUAAAGAUGUGCAGAAAAGAGUACUUGUUUUGGAGCAAGGAUGUCAAGAACUGUGGACACUGAAGACACUGCAAACUGUAAAAAAAAAAAAAAAAAAAAAAAAAAAGAACUUUGAUAUGCAUACAUUCAUUCAUUCAUUAGAAAGCUACUACAUAAGUCACUGAUGAAAAUUCACUCACUCCAGAGCUAGAAGUCACCGGAGUAAAGCAGAGGUAUCUAAGGAUUUAAAUCUAUAACCAAACUACUGUAAGGUAUUCUAGUUAUACCAUGAGCAAUUAGCAGAUAUUGUGCAAUAUUGUUAAUUAGGGCUAUAGAUUAUGAUUAUGAUACAAUCUUUUCUAUCAGUGAGCACAAAUGUUGCUGGCCAAAAGUCAGAUCUAGAGGCACAUUUGGGUUUUCACUAUAAACUUCAGAACACCAAGCACUUAAAUUAAUUAGUGAGCAGCCAUGAGUUCAGUGAUUGUAGAAGCGUCACAUAUGUUAUAAAAAUCAUUUAUGUGACUGAGUGAACCAGUGGGGUUGGAAACCUAGCUGAGUUUCCUUUAGUCUUUCCUUUAGUACCUAGGCUUCUCUUAAUUUGACCUUGAAUUACACAUUAGUAUUAUAUAUUGUGACAAUUUAUCAUGAGUAUGAUCUAUAGACAAUCAUUUAUAUUUCAGUAUUACAGAAUCUACAGAUUAUUGAUUCUCUUAUGCCACUUUUGUUGUAAUGCACACGUGUGCACACAUAUACAUACAUGUACACCCACAUCCACACACACGUGUGCAAAACAAUACUUUCAAUUAUCCCUUCAUGUUGCUUACUAACAAUCUGAGCUGCAAUAUUUUCAGGGCCAUUAGAUUCUGUGCUUUUUUGUAUGAAUGAGGCUGGUUACAUGCUCCUCAAAACUGCACCUAAAGAUGCCACAGUAGAGACCACACACUGUCACCACUCUUACUCAUUUUCUUUUUUUCCCCCCCAAAGACCUCCAUAUGUAUUUGAUUACAUACUGAAGCCCAUUUUACUCAUGCACUUUUAUGUGGGAAUACAUUGCCAAUUAGUCAGGAAAUGGUUAUUUAAUCUGGAAAGUACAUUUUCUGGGUAAUUAUUAAGAUUAAUUAUAAAUUGAGUUUAAUAUAUUAAUUUUAAAGGCAUCACCUAUUUUGCGUAAAACAGUUAUCACACAACACAGGGAAGCAGCAACAGAAAGAAAAGCCGAUCAAUGAAAAAGAAUAGGAAAAAAAUUGACAUUUUGCAAAAUGUACAUUUUUUAUAGUAACCUUUAACUGAUCAUCCAGACCCGUGCAUUCAAACCAUUGUUGUAUUUUGUCUCUAUAGUUUGUGUUGUAAGUCAGUGAGACUGAACUUUUUUUGUGUGUGUGUUUUUUUGAUCAGAAUCCACUGUCAAUGUUUAACCUUUUUAUUUUGUGUAACUGAACGUUAGACCUCCCAUGACCCAUUUUUUAUAAAGCCUAGAAAGUGCUUUUAACUGCUUGUCAUUUGUGCACUUGGAAAAUAAGCAGAUUUUGGAAGCACAACUGCAUCUGUUGUACAUGUCAAAAUAUGCUGAGUGUAAAUCUGGCGUAGACCUUUGCCCACAAAACAUUUUCAUUUGGCACCUAAUUUGGGUAUUCUUUUCCUGAGAUGCUGCCCAAAAACAAGACUGUUUGGAAUUACAUUACAGGUACUAUGACCCUGUAUAUGAACAUCAUAGCCUUGGCUAUGAUGUAUGGCAAAGGCUUAAAGCUAUGUUCUUCAUAGUUAUAGUGAAAAGAAAGUAUGAGAGGAGAGCUGAGCUGACCGAGUGUAUGUAUACAACUAAUCAAGUAGUGCUUACAAAAUAGUUGCUCCCUGUGUGUGUGUUGUGUGAAAGUUGUGUAAAGAUUCUCAUUUUAGUAAACACAUGGAAAUGCACCUGCCAGAGAGAUUAUUAUAAAAGUGGACUGAAUGAGAAGUCUAGUUACACUUAAGGGAGUAAACUGCCAACAACAUAUGGUAUUUGAGGCCUAUUUUAUUAAUUGUUAGUGUGGUGUUGUGCUUGUUGUAAAUAUGUGUCUCUUCAAUUGUCCUUUUUUCCUCUGUGGGGUGGGGGGGUGUUGAGGCCAGGGCUUGGGUUCACCUACAAAAGAAAAGUGAGAAACAUACAGAGUAUUUUGUUAUUGUCCAAUCCGAGGGUGAUUACAAUAUGUAUAUAUCUAUAUUGUAUAUAUGUGCGUUGGCUUUUUGUGUGACACUACCUUUUUCCUGUACAAUGAUUGAACAUUGUGUUAAUGUUUAUGUAUUUUAAUCUUUGUUUUCUGUUUGCUUUGUCUGUCAUUGCUUGUAUUUUCCCCCUUUGUUAUUGCACGAUUUCUUACUUUUGCUGUCCAACAAAAUGACACAGCUACUCCUUGUAUCGGUUUAGUGCUGUAACAUAACUCCAUGUAAAAUGUCAUUAGGAUUGUCAGUACAACCCCCCUGACCCCCAGAUAUGCAUGAAUGGAAUUUAAAGAAAUAAAGUAUGUUAACUUCACUGUG